GGCAGGCCUGCGGAGGUGACACUCCCCUGCGCCCUGGCAGCUUAGAGAAGCGGCGUCCUGCCUCCCCGGCGUCCACAGCCCACGCCAGGGAGGGAGGCCAGGCCGGCAGCUGGAUCCUCCCCGCGCCUCUCCCGCCUCCUUCCCCGCUCCCAUUUCCCCCUUCCUGGCCCUCAAGACCGGGCCCGGGAGAUAACAACGGGGUUAGCGACGCAGGUCUCGGCCACUGACCACACAUUUCUUGCCGAGGAAGGUGAAGAGGGACUCGUUCUCUUGCGGGGUGAGCAGCAAGGACCCCACGUUGGUGACCCUCCGCGGCGGUUGCUGUUGGCCGGAGCUCAUGGUUUCGCCGGCGGAGCUGGUAAACCAGGGCCGUCUUCUCCAGCAAGUGGGCGAGCGCUCGUUCCCCCUCUCGGUGACAGAGGCGGGAGGAGGGGAAUCAGAGGCGCAGCAUCUCGCAGAUUCUCCGGAGCGGGAAGGAGGAGGAGGCCAAGGAAAGAAGGAUGAGACGGCGGGCCGCCUUUAAGCCGCGCUGAGAAAGGGAAGCUCCGAGAUCCUGUCCGGCUAGGCUCGGGCCGGAGGCGCCUUGUGUUCUCAGUCCUGCUCCUGCGCUAAACUCUCAACUCCUCCUCCAACGCUCCCUCGGCUGCGGCGGCGGCGGCGGCGGCGGCGGCGGCGGCGGUAGCCGCACAAUCCAACAUGGCAGCGGGUACGGGCGAGACCACAGGACCCAAGAGACGGGGGUGAGCCGGAAACGCGGGAGGAACCCCUUAGCCGUGGCGGACCUCGCCGCGCCGGUCCGAAGCCCCGCCUCCUUCCGGCCGAGGCACAGGCUUCGCGGUCUGGCGAGGGGCUGAGGGUCUGGCGUAGGUUCCGGUUCAGAUUUGUGGGCUGCGAGGCCUAGUGGCUGCUUAAAAAUAGAAGAUAGACGCUAGCCUCGGCGGCCGAGUCGCCCGGUCUCCUUUAUGCGGGCGCACACCUUUACGUGAACGUCCGUGAGGACCGAGGUCACACGCUUCUGAAUGGCUCUUUUUUCUGAAGCCUGGAAGCAGAACGCUCACAUCGCUUGUCAAAAAGAUCUGAAAUCCGGAGACGGAAAGUUGGGGAGAAGAGACACGCUCCCCUCUGGUCCUCGCCGGUUUGGGUCACAGCCUCAGACAAAUAUUCCAAGUGUGUUGAUCUUUCGUAUGACAACAAAUAGCUGUCAAGAAGAUGUUUUUGAAGGAGGAAGAAAAGAGACACACAUCUAAUAUGUCCCUUCAAGGAAACAGCUAUAAAGCUGAGAACGACAAGCCAUGUAUAACCUGUGGGUGGCAUGGUUAGGAGUGCUACAGCUGUUUAUCAGGGUUAGUCAUGCAGCUAGCAAACCAGCAAUGCCUCCUGUUAUCAAGAACCGACCUUUCAACAUUUUCUGGGCUGCCCCUACGAUGCAGUGUAAGCAUUUCUUCAAUGUGGAUCUAAAUCUUAAAUUGUUUAACAUUAUAUCAAACUCUUUAGAGACUCAAAGUGGAUCAACAAUUGCCAUAUUUUAUCCUAAUGAAUUAGGGCGUUACCCUUAUUUUUCUCAAGAUGGAAAAUCCAUUAAUGGAGGGAUACCGCAGAAUAUGAGCCUUUCUAAGCACCUUAGGAAAACCGCUGAUGACAUUGAAAAAGUUAUCCCUUGGUGGAGAUCAGAAGGACUUGUUGUCAUUGACUGGGAAAACUGGAAACCCCAAUGGGAUAGAAAUUGGGGCAAUAAAAUAAUAUAUAAAAACCAUUCCUUAGCCUUCACUAGAAACCACCAUCCUGAUUGGUCUGAUACAAAAGUGAAAACAGUUGCUCAACAGGAAUUUGAAAAUGCUGGAAGGGAUUUUAUGAACAUUACUCUUACACUGGCUUUGGAAAUGAGACCAAAAUGUUUAUGGGGCUUUUAUCUCUACCCAGACUGUUACAAUUAUGAUUACAGGAUAAAUCCACAGAUCUACACAGGUAAUUGCCCAAAUGAUGAAAUUUUUCGCAAUGAUCAACUCCUGUGGCUGUGGGAAAAAAGCACUGCACUUUAUCCUUCAAUAUUUUUGGAUAAAAUAUUGAAUUCAAGUUUAAAUGCUUUAAAAUUUGUUCACUAUCGAGUUAGAGAAGCCAUGAGGAUUGCCGAAAUGGCUAGAAAUGACUAUGUUUUGCCAGUUUUUAUUUUUUCCAGACCAUUUUAUUUACAUAGUAUGGAGGCUUUGUCUCAGGAGGACUUAAUACAUACAAUUGGUGAGAGUGCCGCAUUGGGGGCAGCAGGAAUAAUACUGUGGGGAGGAUAUGAUUAUGCUGCUUCAAAGGAGACCUGCUUAUCUCUGCAACAAUCUAUUCAAGGACGCUUGGGAUAUUAUUCAGUAAAUGUGACAUCAGCAGCCCAGCUCUGCAGUAAAAAUCUAUGUAACAAUAAUGGAAGGCUACAAGUUGGGAACUCCAAUGAAGGUGCAGAUGAAUUCCCCGGGAAAAGCUGGCUGGCUGAAAAUACCAGUUUAGCCUAA